CGGCAGUAGUGACACCUAGCGGUCGAUCGCUGAAGUGCGGCUGCAGACAGAUACAAUUGCCUCAGCGAGGUCAAUGAGCACAGCGCCGCCCUGCGAGUCUGGUUGGGAAAAUCUGUCUGAAUAGGACAAUGAAGUAGAAUGAGUGCAUACUUGAUUUAAAAUACACAGGUCCGUAGCGAUCUGUUUUGUGAGUAGCUGGUUUGUGUAAGAGUCCGCCUGGGUGAAACUACGAGCCGCCGAGGACGUAAUCGUGAACAAGAGCCACUUGGCUCUCUCGCCCCCACAAGGCAGGAAGGCAGGCUGCCUUUUCGCUACGAGCCAAAUCAAAUCCCCGGGGGAGGGGGGACGUGGAUCGCGGCGGACCGGCAAAGAUCUUGGAAGCAGCUUGGGCGACAUUGAACUCUCCGAGACGCAUCGAGGCGGCUGACUGAAUGCCUCUCCUCCCGUCAUUGUGUUGACAAUUAGCCGGGCAAUUAGCCAGCUAACUUUAGCCUCGCCAGGGCCCCAAUUGUGCUGCUGCUGCUGCUGUUUCAUCCAGCCUUUGACUGUGCCAGCCGGAGGACUAUGGACUUUCCGAGCCACUUUGAGCAGAUCUUCCGGCAGCUCAACUAUCAGAGGCUGCACGGUCAGCUGUGCGAUUGUGUCAUCGCGGUGGGCGGCCGACAUUUCAAGGCCCAUCGCUCCGUGCUGGCAGCCUGCAGCACCCACUUCAGAGCCUUGUUCACGGUCGCAGAUGGGGACGGCGGCAUGAAUAUGAUCCAGCUGGACAGCGAGGUGGUGACAGCGGAGGCGUUUGCCGCCCUGGUGGACAUGAUGUACACGUCCACGCUAAUGCUGGGAGAGAGCAACGUGAUGGACGUCCUGCUGGCCGCCUCCCAUCUGCACCUCAACAAUGUGGUCAAAGCCUGCAAACACUACCUGACCACACGAACCCUGCCCAUGUCCCCUUCGGGUGACAGAGCCCCGCCUCACCGCCAGCAAGAGCAGCAGAGGCACAGGCAGCACGCGGCAGCCUUGGUGAACCCCGCUUUAGCCGCCGAUGCUAACCUGGCCGCAACUGCCGCCACCUCAAAGUUGCAGCGCUCCUUCUUGCUGCAGCAGCUCGGCCUUAGCUUGGUGAGCUCCGCUUUAGGCGGGAUGGAGGACGACGGCUUGGGCAGCAGAGCGGCGGAACAGAGAGAGUCGUUCCCUAUUCGCCGCUUCCACAAGCGCAAAGCCUCACCGGCCCUAUCGGAGGAGAGGCCCAGACAGAGGCAGCGGCCGUCUGCUCCGAAUUUGGGGUUACUUUCGGAAGAGGGGGGGAACGCAGACCGAGUGGAAGGAGCGCUCCUCUCGCCAGACUCCCACAAGAUGGGGGACGACUCCAAACUGGACGCGAGCAUGCUACGCGCCCCUCAGGACGAUCCUCAGAUGCCGAGCCAGUCGGACGGCGGGCGGUGUGAGGGGGACGCCGCGGGGAUGAUGCAGGGAGGGGUGGGCAAGGAGGAGGACAUGGAGGAUGACGACCGCAAGACCAACAGAGUCAAGAUCAAAUCGGGAAGCGAGGAAGAGGAGGAGGCAGAACAGAAGGUUCUGGUCAAACAAGAGCCGCUGAGCUCGCCCGAGCCCGCGGACGAAAUCAGCGACGUGACGUCGCAGGCUGAAGGCAGCGACCCGGCCGAGCCGGCGAGCCAGGAGGAAGAGGAGAAAGUGGAGCCGAGUCCCGAGAGCAGCGACCGCAGCUUCGCCUCGGAACCGCAGCCCAGCUCCGACUCGCUGCUGCGGUCCGGCUCCCAGCUUCUGCUCAAGAGCGGCAUGGGAGGAGGCGGGGGAGGCUUUGCUUGUAGUAACGCCUUAAACGGCAAACCUGAUUUUACUAUUUCCAGCUUCCUCGGCCCAAAGAAUUUUGGGAGCGGCACCGGGGUCUUGAUGGGUGGAGAGGAUGACCUUCCCAACACCACCACUGGUGAUGCUGUUGCUCAUAACUUCCUGUUGAGGCAAGAGGCUUCUGGACCGUCCGGUUCUGCCCCAUCCACUUUGCUGCAAUCCAGUCCAGGCAGCAGUGAAGGCCGCACCCGUUUCGGAAACAACUUACAGGCUGAUUCCCUCUUCCUUCACCCCCUUUGUGACACUUAUGGGAACCCCAGAGGAAGUGGGGGUAGUGGAGGGUGUGGAGGAGUUGAUCCAUUUGGUUUGGACUUCCAGCGCUCCAACCUGGGGUUCCAUUCCGUGGAGCGACCUCAACGGGGUGCCAGUGGAGCCACGCCCACCGUCCUGAGCUACCCCGGCUUCAGGCGCAUGGCCCCAAAGAUGAGCGACAGCAUGGGGAGGGACGGGGGCGGCGCCCUCCAGGACUCCGCCUCUUCCUCGUCCAGCCUGGUGAGCCCCAUGCUCCUCAGCGAGUCUUCGGGGUACGACAUGGCGGGCGGCAGGCCCACCUCCCUCCCGCCUCAGCUGACUCGAGCCUCUGCGGACGUGCUGUCCAAGUGCAAGAAGGCUUUGUCGGAGCACAACGUCUUGGUGGUGGAGGGCGCGCGCAAAUACGCCUGCAAGAUCUGCUGUAAAACCUUCCUGACGCUGACCGACUGCAAGAAACACAUCCGAGUGCACACGGGAGAGAAGCCCUACGCGUGCCUCAAGUGCGGCAAACGUUUCAGCCAAUCGUCACACCUCUACAAGCAUUCAAAGACCACCUGUCUUCGCUGGCAGAACAGCAACAUGUCCAACGCCCUCCUCUAAAAGCGUGUGUCGUUCCCACGAAGGAUGGUUGAAGCCAGUCUUAAUCCCGGAGCACCGAGAAUGGUGGUGGCCAGUUUUGUCUUCAACUAAGUUAGCUAAGGACAUGAUAAUGUCAAAGCAUGUCUGGUAAAAUGUAAUUUUUAUUGGCCUAUUAAGUUACACGGUGUUGAUACGUAGUGGAGCUUUACGUGCAACCCAGAGACUUGAGCAAACGGUGAAUUACGUCAUCUGUUAAAUCAACUGAACCCCAACUCGAGGGCCAAGGGGAUGCAUUUGCGCCUUUGACUUUUGAAUUUGCUGAUGGGACUUUAACCCUUGGCUACCACAGAAGUGCACCUGUCCGGUAAAAAGUGUGGUAUCUUGCAUCCAGCCUUUAGUUUAGGAAAUAUUAUCACAGUUCACUGGAAAAGGCAAAAUGCACUUUAUUUUGCAUUUCGAAGGAUGACUAGACUCUCUAGCCUUAAUUGUUACUGACGGGGAAUGAAAGUAAAGCGAGGUCAGCGUUGCAUGAAAGAAAACUGCCAUCCGGCGAGAUUUCAGAAAUUUAAAUAUCGAGCAUUUGUGGAUCAAGAUAGCAUUUUUGUUUGUUUCUUUGUUUUUUGUUUUUCCUCUCUCCGAUAAAGUCAGCGUAUUCGUUUAGUGUACUUCAUUCAAUGCUUUUAAACGUGUCUUAUGCAACUCACAUUGUGCUUGUGUUACACAGACAAAUCAUUGCUUUUCUAGCAAAUAAGAGUGAUUUGCUUUUUAAAUUAUAUAACUUUUAAGGUGGGCGAUUUGAAGUGGACCAUUCAGCCCACUGACCUUUAAAAAAAAAAGAGAGAGAGAGAGAAACAUUUCUCAUUGCUUUUGCACCAAUUAUGUGUUAAUGAAUGUGACCGAUUGACUAAUCAUCCAAGGCUGCUUGUUGCUUGUCCAACGUUCAAAUCACGGAACCUUAUUAAAGAUGCCAGAAGUCUGGCAGGUUGUAAAUAGGAGCAGACUUGUUUGGUCGAAAUCAUAUUCAUGCAGUGUUACGUAAGUGAACUGAAAUGGGGGUGGAACUUUAUUUAAAAAAAAAUAAUAAUAAUAAAAUAAAAAAGCUGUUCUUUUUUGUAUCACUGAACACUGUGAGAAUCACACAAUUAUUCCUGUUCAGCACCUUAUUUGUACUGGAGUCAUUAUCAUGAAUGUGUUCCUACGUGAAUUGAAUUUGAAACAUCAAAAGCGCUCUAAAAAGUAUCUGAAACACACUCUAAAACAGUUAGAAAACAUGAAAGUGCUAUAUUCAGCCACAAAAUGUUUUAAUAUAAUAUUUCCCUAUAUUUUUUACUGAUUUUUAACAGUUUUGUUUUAAAAAAAAAAAAUAGCAAAACUCAUGGGAACAAAUGUGAAUUUUAGUUCACAACAAUUGUUGAAUUGUGUGAACCAGCACCAGUUGAACUGUUUACCAACAUAAGUCACAUAAUGAAUAACUUUUCAUUCUUGUUUGUGUGAUGCUCUUCUUAUAAACAUGAGCUAUUCUCUAUUCUUAUUGUCUACAAUAAAAAAUAACUGGUUAGUAGUGAUAGACCUCUUUGCUUGUGUCGCUCACGUUGAACUUCUUCAUUCAAGCGCCAAAGUAGUGAUGUCUGUUACGUAACAAAAUAUAUUCUUAGCUUUAGCAUCGACAGAAAAAGGCCUAAAUUGAUGAUUCCUGUUGCUGCCUUAUGCAUUUUUGCUUAACAAGCUUUUGUUGGUUAAGGCCAAACUGUCAGGGUUUUUUGUGUUCUUUCCUUGUAAACCUAACAUAGUGUAACCAUAAGAGGACCAAGUUUUUGUUGAAUGUAUUGUCCAUUCAGUUGUACAUGCACAGGGAAUAAAAAAAAAAAAAAGAAAUUUAGUUGUAUGUGAUAUUUUC